AUGGCUCGUCGAAUUGUGUUCCUUCUUUCUAUGCAACUGCUGCUGGUUGCCUCUCUCCCAGUGAAGAGCUCAAACUGGGAGCUUGUUCCGGAUAGCAAUGGAAGGCUUCAUCUCGUCAACACCAACCCGUACGAUCUUCCCGAUGAUCUGUCUGCGAUCGCUCCUAACUUCGUUCCGGAACAGGAUCUGAUCUUCCGUUUGUUCACGCGAGCCAACCCAACGGGAGCGCAGGUGCUGGAAUUCGGAAAUCCGGCCUCUAUCGCUGCUUCGAACUUCAAUCCGGCCAACCCAACACGGUUCACCAUCCACGGCUGGAACAGCAACGGUAACGAUGGCAUGAACACGAACAUCCGCGAUCGGUAUCUCAGCAUCGGAGACUACAACGUGAUCAGCGUGGAUUGGAGCGUCGGAGCAGUGAAUCCGAACUACAUCACGGCUCGCAACGCCGUCGGACCGGCCGGUGCGGCUUUGGCCUCUUUCAUCGACCAGCUCGUAGCAGCCGGAGCAUCUGUGGACAACAUGUACAUUAUCGGAUUCAGUCUGGGUGCCCACGUUGCCGGCAAUGCGGGUAAGGGUCAAAACGGCCGUGUCAACACCGUGAUCGCUCUGGAUCCUGCAGGACCACUGUUUUCCCUGGGACAACCGGAUGCUGUUUCGCCGGCGGAUGGCCGGUACGUGGAAAUGAUCAUGACAAACGGUGGUCUGCUGGGUAACAGCGUACCGAUGGGUCAGUCGACGUUCGCGCCGAACGGUGGCCGUUCGCAACCUGGCUGUGGCACGGACAUCGGCGGAGGCUGUGCUCAUGGACGUGCACCAGCGUACUAUGCCGAAUCUAUCACGAGUGCUACGCCAUUCCGUGCCACACGCUGCGCAAGCAUCCAGGAGAUAGUUGAGGGCAAUUGUACACCGAGUGGAGCCGAUGCCAACAUGGGUGGAGAACCAUCCAACUAUGGCCGGGGUGUUACCGGAGUGUACUUCCUGACCACGAACGAUGCUGCACCGUUCGCAACCGGAUAA